AUGCUUGUGUGCGGCGCGUCCGUGGGCAUCCCGCAGGCGAUGAUGCUGGGCGUGUUCCCACGGCUCAGGGUCGAACACACCGACGAGCUGCAAGAGGGCCAGAUCUACAUUGGACAGAUCAAUUUCAUGCUCCUCAUUGGCUGCGUCGCCAUGGUUGCGGGCUUCCAAGACACUACCGCCAUGGGCCACGCGUACGGCGUCGCCGUCAUGACGGUCAUGUUUGUCACCACAUUCCUUUCGGCACUAGUAAUGGUGGCGUGCUACGACAUCAAUCCUAUCCUUGUCGGGCUGUACCUUGCUUUCUUUGUGCCCCUUGAGGGGCUGUUCCUGAGCAGCAAUGCCAUCAAGAUUCCAGAGGGCGGCUGGGUCACGUUGGUCAUCGCCGUUUUCGUCGCCUCGAUCAAUUUCGUCUGGUGGUACGGGAGCCGCCAGAAGACCAAGUGGCUGCUGGAGCAGGCCGCCGCAAACACCAGCCUGCUGCGCCAGCUGCCGGCUGUCGACGACGCUGAUGACGUCACCAGCGGCCGCGGCGCGCCUCCGCCCGCCGCACGGCCGGACGGGGAUGGUGGCGCUGGGUUCAUCGGCACUUAUUCGGCGGGAGACCGCGACUUGACCUCCAAAAGCAACGUUGAAGUGCUGCGCGAGGGCAACAAGCACGCGCAGGAAGCAGGGGACGGCGGCGCGCGCGGCGCGGGGACGGGCAGGCUCUCGGCGGUGUCGGCGCCCUACCGCCGCGGCGGCGCAGCUUCGGGGGGCGAGUCAAAGCUGGAACGCGCCCAGAUGUCUUUCGGGGACAUGCCCCUGGCCAGAGUCCCUGGCCUCGCCAUCUUCUACACCCAGAGCACCAGCGGCGUCCCCGCCGUCAUGGGCCACCUGCUGAACAACCUCCCGGCCCUCGCGCGCGUCAGCGUGCUGCUCACGCUGCGCUUCGUGCCGAUGCCUUACGUAAUGCCCACCGAGAGGUUCUUAGUGAGGAGGAGCCGGACCAUCGCCGGCGUGUACCGCGUGAUCGCGCGGUACGGAUACAUGGAAGAGAUCGACCACGGGGCACACUUUGUGCGCCAGCUCGUCGGCUGCCUCGUGCGCCACGCCGCCGGCGAGGGGCGGGAGGUCGUGCCCCGCGGCGGCAGCCCCCUCGCAGGGUCGGCGCGUGGCAGGAGCAGCGGGAGCGACGGCGGCGGCCACGUGGCGUUGGAUGUGGGGGAGGGCGCGGCGCCAACCGCCGCCGCGGGCGGCGAGGGGAGAGGGGACGGUCGCGCGGCCAAGGCGUGGUUCAGCAUGUCUGCGUCAAUGGAUGACGAUGCGACGCUGAUGGCGGUGCCUGCUCAGGCCGGCGAGCCGCCGGCGGACGGCGCUGAGCACGUGGCGUCCAUUAUUGCCCCCCUGGCCUCGCCCAACACGGCCGCGGCGGAGCCUCCGAUCGCUCACGCGGAGAUCAUACCGGAGCUGGGCGGAAGCCCGCGGCAGCUGGGUCGCGAGUCAUACACCCGGUGGCAGUACCGCGAGCAGUCCCUCCCGCACCGCCGCCGCGGCGGACAGCCUACGCUCGGGGGCGGCCCCGAGUCCUUUGGCGUCUCGACCUCUGGCGGCGGCGCCGGGCCGCCGCUUUCGGUCCCGUCCAUCAUGGCCCGUGCGGCCAGCGCGGGGGCUCCCGGGAUCGCCCCCGGUGGGCUGAGCCGCCGGCAGUUGGACGAGGUGGGCGUGCUGCUGGACUGCUACCGCCAGCGGACUGUCUACGUCGUCGGCGGCACGCGCGUCCUGGGCCGGGAGGCGGGCUGGAACCUGCUUCGUCGCGGCGUGGUGCAGGCGUACGGCGCGAUCGCGAACAACACGCAGCCGGCGACGCGCGCGUGGCAGCUGCCGGACGGGCAGGUCGUGGAGGUGACGCUGACGAUGCGGCUGUGA